AUGGUUUCACCAAGCGAAAGUCGUCCUCCAUAUUUGUCAUCAUACGGUGUAAGUUUGACUUGGGAAUUGGAAUUUGCUAAGGUUUUUUUACAAAUGAUUUUUAGGAUGAAGAUGCUUGGAGUCCACGUUUGAAGCGCGAAGAAUUUGUGCCAGCCAAACGAGAAUAUUCGUUGUUCACAAAAUGUUUGGCUGAAUUUUUGGGAGAUUUGACUUUUGUAUUUGUUGGUAUGUUCAAAUUUGAAAGCCCGGAUUACUGUAGUGGGAUGGAGCUCAGACUCGAGCUCAGUUUUAGGUGUGCCUUAAGCCUCAGGUUCAGAUUUUAGGCCUUGUAUGCUCAGAAAUCAGGAGUUCCAAAAUUUUGAAAAAGUAUUCAUUUCAAAUUUCUUCUUAAAUUUGAAUACUGGUCCUCUUACUUUGGUGUAAGCAGAAAUAUCCACGUAAAUUCUAAAAAAAAAUUCGAACCCGAAAAGUUUCUAGGUUUCCAGUAAUCAGCAUCAAAAGAGUUCCGGGAAACACUUAUCUUUAUUAGUUUUUUCUCCUACAGUACCCUUUUCUAGGUGUUAUGCAAGCAGCUGCUGGAGGUGAUGGAAUUACACACGCUGCACUUGCUCACGGAUUCACAAUCUUUAUUCUUGUCACGGCAUUUGGUCAUAUCAGGUUAGACAUUUGUUUAUUUUUAGUACAAAAUAUCAACAUGUUUCAAUCUUAAUUUUUAUGUUUGACAUGAGUGCUUCUUAUCACAAUAAUAAUAAUAGCACAACGAUCGUAAAAGUUUACAAUCUUGAAUUUGAUCGUGGCAAUAAUAGAAGAAAUAUUAAUUUUAAUGGACAAUAAAUUGAAGUGAAGAAUGUAAAUAUUUUUAGCGGAGGGCAUUUCAAUCCAGCUGUAUCAUGGGCAAUUGCUGGAGCUGGAAAAAUGCCAGCAAUUCAUCUGCCAUUUUAUGUUGGAGCACAACUUUUGGGUGGAACUUGUGGUGCAUUUUUGGCUGCUGCAAUUUUGAGCAAUGCACAAUUGUAUGUCAUUGGCGCUGGAGCGACUUUGUUAUCUGAUGGCACACAAUGGUGGCAAGGAUUGAUUUCAGAAACUGUUGUCACAUUUUUCUUGGUUCACACAAUAUUGAUCAGUGCUGCAGAUUCAGAUUCGGUCACUUUGGCACCUCUCGCGAUUGGAUUGACUUUGUCAAUUGAUAUUUUUGCAACGUAAGAGUUAUUCUAACUUUGUGCAUGUUUAAUACAAUGUUUUUUUAGCGGAGCAAUAACUGGAGCAUCAAUGAACCCAGCGAGAUCAUUGGGCCCAAAUAUUGUUGCCAGUGCACUUCUCCCAUCAUCUCUCCAAGUUUGGAAUUAUCAUUAUAUUUAUUGGGCAGGUCCACUUCUUGGAUCAACAAUUGCUCUCUGCGUUUAUAAGUGAGCCGACAGAUUAAAUCUUAAAAAAAAAAAAUUACAAAAAAAACAUAUUUUCAGAUUAUUCGAAGCACGUGAAGACCGGAUAGUCUCCUAA